AUGACCGAAGCCAAGAAGGACAAGAAUGCCAACCCCAUGCGGGAUAUGGUCAUCGACAAGCUCUGCUUGAACAUCUGUGUCGGUGAGUCUGGUGAUAGACUUACUCGAGCUGCCAAGGUCUUGGAACAGCUUACUGGCCAGACCCCUGUCUUCUCCAAGGCCCGAUACACCGUCCGAACCUUCGGUAUCCGACGUAACGAAAAGAUCUCGUGCCACUGCACCGUCCGAGGCUCCAAGGCCGAAGAGAUCCUUGACAAGGGACUCAAGGUCAAGGAAUACGAACUCAAGAUGGGCAACUUCUCCACCACUGGUGCCUUCGGCUUCGGUGUCCAGGAACACAUCGAUCUUGGAAUCAAAUACGAUCCCGGCAUCGGUAUCUACGGUAUGGACUUCUACGUCGUCAUGAAGCGAGCCGGCUACGGUAUCUCCAAGCGACGACGAUGCAAGGCCAAGAUCGGCAAGCAGCACCGACUCACCGCCAAGGACUCCAUGGUCUGGUUCCAGAAGAAGUACGACGGUAUCAUCCUCCCCGGCAAGAAAUAA